UUCAGAGCAGUACUGUCGGUGUCCUGUGAUGCAUGUCGAGCAAUGGCCACAGGAGAUACUCGGUCACCCAGCUUGACGUGCUUUACGGCAGGGGAGACUUCGACGAUGUGGCCACUGCAGCGCCCUCUGCCGUUUCUCCUUCGCAUGGACAUCCGUGAAGCAGAUAACAGAGUGGGCAGUUCUGAUGAGCACAUCCAUGUAGCCCAGCUCGUUCGUUGUGCUUUCCUCAGAAAACGUUUUUGUAGACGUGUCGAAAUAAAAGAUGGUCAAUUUAUGCUGUGAAAGACCCAUCACAGUGCUACUUGUCAGUGGUUCGUAGAGCAUACAGCGUCUGAGCACUUCCGAGUGAAUGAGCUCGAUUCCUCAAUCCUGGAUCUCAUGGUUUACAACGAAUCAGGCACUGAGUCUCGCGGACCACAGGCAUCCCGGCCGAUUCAAGUCCGAUGUAUGAAGACGCUGUAUGCCAGGUACAUGUAAGUUGACGAAGAGCUUUCAAGGUUGAGCCAUGACACUGAGUCUCGGCGAUGGGCAAGAAGAUUGGUGUGACAGCAGAGCAAGUGAGUGUGCUUCGAUUGACAUCCAUCGCAGCACACCCGCGUACUCUUGAUGCCGCAUCAAGGACCCUCUACCAUGACAAUAUGGCCUACUGGACACCAAUGUUCCCAGUCCCGCUCUGGGCGGCGAGAUUUCGAAGGUAAAUGUGCGAAUUGAGCAACACUGAGAGCCAGGCGAGACAAGGUGAUGGCACAGUUCUCGAGCAUGGUAAUGUCG